CGAGAGGGAGAGAGUAAGAGGCUGCUCUGAGAGAGGGAUGGAAAAGGGAGGAGAGAAGGUGAGGAUAUGUGUGACAGGCGCCGGAGGCUUCUUGGCUUCUUGGGUUGUGAAGCUUCUUCUCUCAAAGGGAUACAUGGUCCAUGGAACUGUCAGAGACCCAGCUGAUGAAAAGAAUGCACAUUUGAAGAAAUUGGAGAACUCCUUGGAAAACCUACAACUCUUCAAAGCAAACUUGCUGGACUACGACUCUCUAUGCGCAGCCAUUGCGGGAUGCAGUGGUGUCUUGCAUGUUGCAAGUCCAUGUCCUCCAGGCAAUGUGCCUAAUCCAGAGGUUGAUUUGAUUGAGCCCGCUUUAACAGGCACACUCAACGUACUCAAGGCUUGUUCUGAGGCAGGAGUAAAACGGGCUAUUGUUGUGUCCUCUGGUGCUGCUGUUGCAUGGAACCCAAAUUGGCCUAAGGAUAGAGUCAUGGACGAGGAGUGUUGGACUGACGAACAGUACUGCAAGACAAUUGGGAACUGGUAUUGCCUUUCCAAAACACUUGCAGAAAGAGAGGCUUUGCAGUAUGGGGAGAAAAGUGGGCUCAAUGUCGUGACCGUGUGUCCGUCCUUGAUCUUUGGGCCACCACUGCAGCCUACCGUCAAUACAAGCAGCUUAUUUUUGAUCAAGAUACUAAAAGGAGAGAAUGAGACAGUGGAAAACAAGUCCCGGUCGGUCGUUGAUGUCAGGGACAUAGCUGAAGCAUUGGUGAUAGCAUAUGAGAAGCCGGAAGCAUCUGGUAGAUACAUAUGCGCGUCAUAUACAAUCCGGAUCCAAGAUUUGGCUAACAAGCUGAGGAGCAUGUAUCCCAACUAUAACUAUCCUAAGAACUUCACAGAGGUGGAUGGAGGAAGCAUGAACCUGAGUUCUGAGAAACUGAAGGGCUUGGGGUGGAAAUGCAGGCCAUUGGAAGAUACCCUUUCCGAUUCUAUUGAAUGCUUUCAAGAGGCUGGUCUUUUGGACUAGAUUUCCACAUAUGGUGUGUGCAUAUCCCUUGAAUUUAACUGCUCAAAAUGCUCGGCCUGCUGUAGUCGUACGUUGAGCAUAUGGUCCUAACUGGCUGUUUGGUGUACAUGAAAUGGACGGUCUAAAAUGGAAAAUAGUCGAUGGUCCAAAGUCCAUUCUCCAAACUAUCCAGUUGGGGAUACAACCCAUCAACCGGUGGGCCCCAACAUGUGGGUGGUCCAAUUCGAGGUACAUGUAUUCAAAUUGUGUCAUCAGGUUCAAUAAAAGAAUAUUACAUUACAUUGGUGUAUGGAAGAAUCAUAUCCGACUUUUGUAUGAAAAUUUGAAUAUACAUUUUGCA